AGAAAGCCGCGUCGGGGGUGGCGAAGAAGGCCCCGAUGGUCUUCGUCCACGGAUCUUACCACGCCGCGUGGUGCUGGAGCGAGCACUGGUUCGACUACUUCGCAUCGCGCGGCCACGAUUGCUACGCCAUCUCCUGCAGGGGGCAGGGAAAAAGCGACGUGCCCCAGGGCGUGUCCGUGGCGGCCACGCUCGUGGAGCACGCGGACGACGUCACCGCCUUCUGCGCAUCCCUCGAGACCCCCCCUGUGCUCGUGGGGCAUUCAUUCGGGGGACUCGUGGCGCAACAGGUGAUGUGUCGGCGAAAUCCGCCCGAGCUCGCCGCGCUCGCGCUCGUCGCGUCCGUGCCGCCGACGGGCAACGGUCCGAUGGUGCGAAGAUUUCUCGCGAGGAAUUUCAUCGCCAGCGUUAAGAUCACCUACGCGUUCAUCGCCGGCGCCUUCAAGACGAACGCGGCGCUGUGCCGCGAGUGCUUCUUCUCGAGGGACCUGCCGGAGAGCGAGUUGCUCGCGCACAUGGGUCAGAUCGCGGAGUCGUGCAACGUGCGGCUGCUGGACCUGAAGGCGCUCGACGACGUCCUGCCCAUCCCCGCGCCGAGGGCGGGGAGCGCGCCCGUGUGCGUGAUGGGGGGCAGGGACGACUUCGUGGUGGACGUGGAGGGCCUGGAGGAGACGGCGGAGUGGGGACGGACCGAGGCCAUAGUGAUGGAAGACGCCGCUCACGACCUGAUGCUCGACACCCGGUGGGAGCGGGCGGCGGCGGCGCUGGACGGGUGGAUGGCGACGAACGUCUCGGCGUGAGCGCGGGGUAGAACACGAUAGCAGAUCACAUGUCGACCACUCGGCCAGGGGGCUAAAAUUGUAACACUCGGGAACUCAUCAACGG